AUGAACACAAGUGUAGGUUUUUGGAAUCGCGUUAAGGUUAAUCUUAAUUUAGUUGAAUUUAUGCGAAAAAUCCUACACCAAUCGACAUUUGACGUACGUACUUCUCCAAACACUACUUUACUGCAAGGUACUCUCAACCAGCUUAUAAGAUUUUAUCCAUAUCCAACUGGUGGAGUGUGUCAAAAUGCGUUAUGUCAUCGAAACUCUCUAGCUUUUGGAACACUUUAUAGACAUGAAAAUUUAACUCAACAAUUACAUGAUAAUCUUGAUCAAUUUAUGGGUGAAGUUAAUUUGUCUACAUUGACCCAAUUUUCUAAUUGUGUAAAAGCUGAUGAAUUGGUGACUUAUGAAGGAAAUAAGAUAUAUGUCACUGAUGAAAAUAUUAAAAAUAAUUUGAAUUUCCCUAUUUUCUUAUUUCAUGGAAAUGAUAACGUAGUGUAUGAUGUUAAGGGAAUCAGAAAAACAUAUGAAAAGCUUAUUACUAUUAAUGAUGCCACCAAUUAUAGUAUACGUCAUAUUCCUGGUUAUGGUCAUUUGGAUUGUUGGUGGGGUACAAAGGCUCAUAUUGAU